AUGGGAAAAAUUGCGGGAGAGGUAAAAAACAAACCUCAAGGGACAUUGUCUAGCUCAACUGAGCUUCAAUGCAAUCCAGGGAAUACAGGGAAAGAACACUGCCAAGCAGUCACCCUAAGAAGUGGAAAGGCGACGGUAGAAGUGAGGAAGGAGCCUAGCAAGACCGAUUCAAAGGAGCAACCUGCGAUUGAAUCAAAGAAACUGUUGUCGCAAACUGAGUCAAGGACGUCCGAGACUAUGGAACCUGAAGAUGCGAUCACCUUUAAGCCUCCAGACCAUGGAACAGUGAAAGUACAACUACCUUCAUUUCCUCAAAGACUGAAAAAUAAACAAAACGAUGAAGGUCAGUAUCAUCGCUUCCUGGAAAUACUGAAACAACUACACAUCAAUAUUCCAUUUGUUGAAGCGAUAGAGCAGAUGCUAAUGUAUACCAAUUUCUUGAAGGAUAUUGUUUCGAAGAAGAGAAGCACGGGAAAAUUCGCCACAAUGGCAUUAACACAAGAAUCAAAUACUAUAAUCUCACCAAAGAUGCGCGACCCAGGCAGUUUCACAAUACCCUGCUCAAUAGGAGGGACCUACAUUGGUCAAGCAUAUUAUGAUCUUGGGACAAGCAUAAACUUAAUACCCCUUUCAAUCUUCAAACACUUGAAUGUAGGACAGCUAACACCCACAACGGUGACUUUUCAACUUGCUGAUAGGUCCCUGGUACACCCUGAAGGAAAAUUAAAGGAUGUCUUGGUAACAAUAGACAAAUUCAUUCUACCUGCAGACUUCAUUAUCCUAGACUAUGAGGCGGAUAAAGAUGUUCCAAUCUAUUGGGAUGACCAUUCUUGUCUACUCGUCGUGUUUGAAUAG